AAAAUCUACAACAACGGCUCCCUCGAACGCCUAUGACAUAAUGCGCGAGGACGACAUCGAAAUCGCCAUUAAAGUGGUGAUUGUAGGCAAUGGCGGUGUUGGCAAGUCUUCGAUGAUCCAGCGCUACUGCAAAGGCAUCUUCACCAAGGAUUACAAAAAGACGAUUGGCGUCGAUUUUCUGGAGCGACAAAUCGAAAUCGACGGCGAGGAUGUGCGCAUCAUGUUGUGGGACACUGCCGGCCAGGAAGAGUUUGACGCCAUAACCAAAGCCUAUUAUCGCGGCGCGCAGGCGUGUGUACUAACCUUUAGCACAACAGAUCGCGCCUCUUUCGAGGCGAUUCGAGACUGGAAGCGCAAAGUGGAAAACGAAUGCAAUGAGAUACCAACGGUAAUCGUACAGAAUAAAAUCGAUCUUAUCGAACAAUCGGUAGUGAGCGCAGACGAGGUGGAAACACUGGCGCGUCAAUUGAAUUGUCGACUCAUACGCACCUCCGUUAAGGAAGAUGUGAAUGUGGCUUCCGUUUUCCGGUACUUGGCCACAAAAUGUCAUCAGCUGAUGCUAAAUGAAAGCAGCGAACAGGCGAAUGCGCAUGCAGGUGGAAAUGGUGGUGGUGGUGGUGGUUUUGGUGGCGGCGGCUUGAAUGGCGGUUCCAGCGGUCAUCAGCCUACAAUCAGUGCCUUUAGUCCGACUUUCACGAAAAACAAUAGUGGCACAAUUGUGUUGCGCGCGGCUAAAAAGAGCUCUGCGGCGGCGCGAAAACGCAAAAUUGUGCUGAAGAAGUGCGGCAUAUUGUGAUUUGCGUGACAACAGCCGGGGCACUGGGCGAUUGGAGGGAAGAUGAGAGGAUUACAUGUGGAUGAUGAGCUGUGGUGCGCACGAACACGAAGAGCUAUGGAGUCGGUGAAGACGAAGAGGGGGAUAAAAUAUCAGAAUCAGUUACUUGGAUGUUUGUUGGUUGGUUGGUGGGCAAGCCAAUAAAACUGUGCAUGUGAGUUUACAUGGAGGCGCAUGAUUUAUUUAAAAUAUGUACCCGUAUUUAGGUAUACAAACGUAGCAUAUGUAUGCAGACU